AUUACUGAUGAACUCCGAAGCACCGAUACUUCAAAGUCUGCCGUGUCCGCGUAUAAUACUCCGCCGAUACUCCGAUACCCCGAUACACGGGCGAUACACGUAUCCCAGGAGUAUCGGCUUUUCCGAUUUUAAAAAGAAAGAAAAAAAAUACCGAUACACCACCGAUACACCGCCAGGGACAUCAUCGACACGGCUAGGACACAUGAAUGUUGGGAAGCCCAAUCAAAGCCCACUAGUGACCCUAAUAGUUAGUGUCCUAUCUAUCUAUUUUCUUAAUUAACUAUGGAAGUGGUUUGGAUUGAGGCCUCAGGAGUGAGUGCACCGCCACCGUUGCCGUCUGGAGUCGCUCGCCGCCAUCUAGAAUCGCCUCCCCGCAACCUGGAAUCGUUCUCUCCUCCGCCACCUCAAUUAUUCUUUGACUUCACAAGUCAUUGCAUAGCAUUUCAUUAAUUUUAUAUGUAUAUUCGCCGUAUCGCCGUAUUGUUGUUUCUAGAAAUUGCCGUAUCGCGUAUCCCCGUAUCCGUAUCGCCAUAUCUGUCUCGCCGUAUCGGUGCUUCGUAGCUGAUGAAUACGGAUAGUUCUGUGGUCUUGGAUACGGGCCAUCUUAUGUCGCCAAACAGUGAAAACACACCAAGUGCGGCUGCGGAGGGAGCUAUGGAGUAUGAUCCAGUAGUGCCUCGCGCUGAUCUAAUUUCCAUCUCAAACAAGCAAAAAAAUGAUGUGCUGGUACCUGAGUUUGCCGUCGCUAGCGAGGAGACAGGGGGCACGUCGAUCACGAUGGCGUUGCAUGCUGCACGUCCAUCGAUCCAUGCAGCGCCGAGACUGGAACCCGCGGCUCACACGCCGAGCGGGCCGAAGACGGCGAGCGGACCUGUUGUGUCUCAGCCAACCUCGCAUGGUCGUUUUGACAUCAUGCAUUCUGAGGGAGCGAGUAACCCUGGUCUUUCUUUGGCUGUUGACACUGUUAUUUCUUGUAAGAAUUUACCAAGUAUGGCUGUGGAGGACAGUGAGAAGUAUGCACAAACUGUUUUACCAGACACGGUGAUAGAUAACAAAGCGGGAAAGAAGACGUCGACUGUGGCAGAUGUGCAUGGCACAUGCAGAUCGGACCUUGCUGGAGCAGGACACGUGGCUUUGGCCACGCCGACGAUCUCCAAGCCGUCCCCUUUUGUUGGCUCUGCUUCGCCUAUGGGGAAGGGAAAAUCUUUUAGGCCUGGUAUGCAUGGCCCUUCUAAACCCAUACAGACGACGCCUACCAAGACUACGUCGAUUCAUACUGUCAUUAAGCACAAGGGUGCGGAAAAAAAUAAGAUUGUUGAUUUUGGGGGUAUUGAAGAGACAACUAUGCAAAGUGUGCGAUCGAGUGGAAGGUUGCGCGCUCAGCCAAAUUAUGACGCUACUCAAAUGGAGAGGGCGAGAAUGAUUCUUCAGAAGCGAGAUGAAAUACCUGUGAUAGGUUAUCCGACGCGCUGCUCAUUGGAUUCACCAAUGGGUUUUACUUCUCCCUAUGGAACAACGGGAGGAUAUGGCUUCUGGAUGGCGACACAUUAA